UGUGUGUGGAGAAGGGCUGGGCUCAGCUGGGUGGGAUUUCCUGUGCGAUCAGGUCAGCUGUUCCCUGUAUGUCUGUCUCCUUCUCCCCCUCCCCAUUCACUGUGUGUGUGAGUGAGUGUGUCUCCCUCCUCCGUGGAUCGUGCGGUCAGUGCCCCUCUCUCCCCCCCUGGUGCCUCUCUCUUAGGAUCUGACUAGUGAUGUGUAACCUACAGAAUGCCCAGCAGCACUGGAAAAAGGUUUAAACCGACCAAAUACAUCCCUGUCUCCACUGCAGCUGCCUUACUAGUGGGAUCCACCACUUUGUUUUUUGUUUUCACGUGUCCCUGGCUAACAAGAGAAAUCUCUCCAGCCAUUCCGGUGUACAAUGGGCUCAUGUUCCUGUUUGUCGUGGCAAAUUUCAGCAUGGCAACCUUUAUGGAUCCUGGUAUCUUCCCAAGAGCUGAUGAGGAUGAAGAUAAAGAUGAUGACUUCCGAGCUCCCCUCUACAAGAAUGUGGAGAUCAAAAGAAUACAAGUACGGAUGAAGUGGUGUGCUACCUGUCACUUCUACCGCCCACCUCGCUGUUCACAUUGCAGUGUCUGUGACAACUGUGUGGAGGACUUUGACCAUCACUGCCCCUGGGUGAAUAACUGCAUAGGACGCAGGAACUACCGCUAUUUCUUCCUGUUCCUCUUAUCUCUUAGCACACAUAUGGUUGGGGUGUUUUCAUUUGGCCUCAUAUUUGUCCUUCACCACCUGGAAAUGCUGGGAGAGGCCCACACCAGUAUUACAAUAUCAGUCAUGUGUGUGACUGGACUGUUCUUCAUUCCGGUCAUUGGCCUCACUGGAUUCCAUAUGGUACUGGUUGUUAGAGGCCGCACCACCAAUGAGCAGGUGACUGGGAAGUUCCGUGGAGGUGUUAAUCCUUUCACCAGAGGAUGCUGCGGGAACAUACAGCAUGUGCUAUGCAGUCCACUGUCACCCAGGUAUGUGGUUGAACCAAAGAAGAGGCCCCAAAUCACACUGAAACCACCGUUCAUUCGUCAAGAUUUGUCAGAAAGGCAGAUAACGGUCAAGAUCAGUGACAAUGGCAUCCAAGCUAACUUGCACCGUUCCAAGUCCAAAGGUAGUCUCGAGGGCAUAAAUGACAAAUCUCUGGAUAUACAGGCACCUCUACCUCCUAAAGGUGAACCCACCAUAUAUUCAGACCUGAAGGGACCUCUGGGAAAUAGUAAAGACAGUGGAUUAUCACCAAAAAUGAUGAACCCCCCGACUCCAGCCAUGUAUAAAUAUCGUCCAGGAUUUGGAGCAAACCCCAAAGUUCACUACCAUCCAGCUACGGAACAGAUUGCUAUGCAAGAAUGUUUAAAGGACAACGUUUUUUUGGAGGAAGAUUGCCGCACUCACGAUUAUCAGUCGGAACCCAACCUAGAUUUCCAAGAGUAUCGUAAGAACUCUCUGCAUAAGUCUUACCAGUCAUCCCCUCUGCAGCUAGACAGCUUCACUGCCAACACUCGCUCGCUGAGCCUGAAGAAUUCUGGGCGUCGUGAGUCAGAGAAGAUUCCACUCCAAAUGGUGAAAUCCGAGGGUGACCCAAAUAUACCAUACAAGAGUGUAUUUUCCCCCAAUGCCAUCUCUAACCGUAAUGGGAGCUUAUCUUAUGACAGCUUGCUCAACCCAAUGUCUCCAGCAACCGCUAAAUGUACUGCACACACUGCCGCUGGUUCUGUGGGUUACCACUCGCCAUACAUGUCUGCCAAAAUGUGCCACCUACGAGGAGCAGAGCGCCAACCGGUGCAGAGUUUCAGCCCUGUACUGAACAGGGCGUCUGGACAUCAGCGAGAGCCUUCCCCUGUGCGCUAUGAUAACCUCUCCAAAUCCAUAAUGGCCUCUAUCCAGGAAAGGAAGGAGAUGGAGGAACGGGAAAAAUUACUACAUUCUCACACAAAUUCUGUGUUUGCAGACUCAGGGGUCUAUGAUACCCCGAGCACAUACAGCCUACAGCAGGUCAGUUCACUCUCAGAGAAUCCUCGUGCUGCUUCAGGACGGUAUGGUUCGAAGGACAAUCUGCUGGCUGGGGCAGUCACUUUCAGUUCCAGAAAUCCUAUUCUUCAGUCCUCUGUGUCCUCUCUUUCCAGUGGAGUCUCCAGAGCACCUAGGACUUCCACCACUUCUUUACAGGCUGACCUAGCCAAUAACAAUAUUCAAAGUCACCAACCCUUACAAGGGCGAGUGAGCAAUGGGUCAUACAAGUCCCCUGGCCAUCAUGCUCCAUCAUCACCCUCUGGUAUACCUAGGUCUCCCUCUUAUGGGGGAGCAAAAUCUGUCACAUUUCUUAACACCAUGGAAUUUGCAGAAGGACCUUCCAUCACGGGUCAAAGGGAGGACCUGAAGAUGCCUCAUAGUAAGAUAAAUGGACAUCCAAAGGGAUUAUCAAGGUCUGAGUGUCGGCUGGGAUCCACAUCCAGCUCACAAAGUAACAUCACAGUGAGUCCUUCCAGGCAUUCUAGUGUUAAGAAGGUAACAGGAGUUGGAGGCACUACAUAUGAAAUAUCCGUAUAGAACUCAACAUGCCUGCAGGUGAUGAACUAUUAAUAUACAAGGCAUAUUUUCUGACCGUACAGAAGACAUAAACUAUGGAGAGAAUUUAUAAACGGUCAAUGGGAGCUUUAAAACCUGAAUGAUGAAGGACUCAUAUAAUGAGAACAGUGGUUAUUACAGAGAAGACUGGCGAUCAUCGGGAAAAAAAAUGAAACAAAAUUAAGCCAUUGUACGUGUUUCUGUCCAACAAAACAAGGAUGAAAUGUUGUUUUAAACUUGUGAUGUGAGAAGAGUGGGACAACUAUUUUAUUUUUUUAUUUCAAGUUUUUUUUGUUGGUAAUGGAGCAGAGUGAAAGAAUUCCAUCCAUGAGAGAUUUCCCAGGAAAUAUGGAUCAGGAUCGAAAACUGCCCCAGGUGUUCUCUUCAUUCUCUUCAUUCUUUACAUUUUUUAACCAUGGUGACAAAAGUGUGUGUGUGUGUGU